CUGACCACUGCAAAUCAUCACGUUCAGAAGGGCUACGGUUCAGCACAAAGCUCGUACCGGCACCAAAUCCAAACUGGCACUCCAAACGGAAACUCGCCCGCUAGGACUUCAGUUCCUCAGCAGCAUCAACAACAACAACUUAUUUCGCCCUCAAACCAUCAUAACAACUACAAACAACAACAACAACUCCAACAACACCAUCACCAACAGCAUCACCACCAUCAACAGCAUCACCACCGCGAGCGGGAUCCUGAAAAUGGCCGAAAUGCAGGACAACAUAGAAGGCAGCAGCAGACUUCACAUCCAGCCAACCAGAGAGGCACUUCUCCAAGCCAGCAACAACACUCCUUCGUAACCAAUGGAAUCGCGACGUCCUCGAACAUUAUCAGCAGCAACCACAAUAACAAUCUUAACGGCAGCAGCAGCAACAGCAGUCAGAUCAGCAGCAACGGUGCCAACAACGGUGCUCAGCAGCUCAACAGCCACCAAUCGCAGCAGGCCGCUCCAUCUGCGAGUUCCCAGACAGCGAGCGCGGGUGGUCCGCGACCAUUCAAGCCCAGUCUUGGGAUCUCGGGUCUCAUCACCCCGUCGGGUCAGGACCAGGAGCAGGCGAACCUCGUAUUCCGUAAAGUUCGAGGAAUCCUCAAUAAACUCACUCCGGAAAACUUCGAGAAGCUCUCCCGCGAUCUUUUGAAUGUCGGCCUCGACUCCACCCAUGUUCUUAAAGGUGUGAUCUUGCUGAUCUUUGAAAAAGCUCUCGAUGAAGCCAAGUACAGUUUGAUGUACGCGUCCCUAUGUAGGACUUUAUGCGAACACGCUCCCAACUUCGAUCCGCCUCCCGCUAACACGUUCCGGCGAUUGCUUCUCGCCAAGUGUCAAGAUGAAUUCGACAACCGGAAGAAAGCAUUGCACGAUGCGCCGCCGAACAGUGAACAGAGGACGAUUGCAAAGCAGAAAAUGCUGGGGAACAUGCGGCUCAUCGGAGAGCUCGGGAAGCAGGGACUGCUGCACGAGAAGAUCCUCCACGAAUGCCUCCAGACGUUGCUUAAAGGCAAGAAGCAGGAGGACGUCGACCUCGAAUGCCUCUGCCACAUGGUCCGAACCGUCGGUGCUCGUCUUGACACCCCCAAGGGCCGCGCUCUGGUCGACCAGUACUUUGAGAGGAUGGUCAAGCUAUAUAAUCAGGAAGGCAUCGCUGCACGAAUCAAGUUUAUGCUGCAGGACGUGUGCGAGCUGAGAAAAGAUAAUUGGAUGCCCCGUAGACGGGCAGCAGUUGGAAAUCUUCAGCAACCGACCACUAUGGCCCACAUUCGGAACCAAGUGAUGCCGCAGAUACCUCAGCGACACUCUCAGAAUGGUCACCAUCCCGGCCAAGAUCACCAUAGAGGCGGAGGACCUGGCUCUCUCGGUCGGCGAGACAACAACAACGACGACAUCUUCAACAGUAGUCCAGUUACUUCGAUGAAAAAAGGCGGUGGCCACGACUCUCCAGGAUCGAACGAUUUUCUCAACUUCCUCGAUCCGAAACCGGUCAUGGCCCGUGACAAUCGUGACGGCUCUGUCACCGCUGGUGACAAUCGCAACCGCCACCAUUCGAACCGCUUCAGCAACGGACAUCAUCGAGACCACCCUUUCAACAGCAAUCAGAGAAACAACGGAGGCCACAACGGAACUCAUGGAGGUGGAAACAUGGCCAUGCAGCUCCCUCUACGACUUCUCAAAAAAUCGCUUCCUCAGCAUCUAGAUGAGAUCAACCUGCGUCCCCAUAACGCUCCGCCUUCGCUGCUCAAGCCGAAAACGAUGCCUCCUCCCGGAGCUCAGCUCGCGCAAAACAACGCUAUGAUCCAUUCGUCCACAACGCCGACCUUGCAGGCCGUCUCUGUGAAGCCGACCGUUGCGACGACUCCCAUUCCGGUGAAGACGGAUCCCAAGCCGAAAGCUGCUUCGAAGACUGAAUACCAGGACAAAGUUACUCAACUCAUCCAGGACAAUGCCGCAAAGGAAGCGCCGGAGGACAUGAAUGCAGUCUGCGAAGAAUUCGCCAAGCUGGAAAUCCCCAAGAAGUUUGUGAACGACAUUCUUGUUGCUUCGGUGUUGGACGCCUUGAAGCAGGAGUCGGCCUCCACGGACAUCUUGGAACAGUUGGUGAUCCGAUUUGCUCCGAACGGAAUCCCCGACACUUUGUCGGCCGUUCUCCGCAAGCUGCCCUCUGGCGAAGCUGCAGCGAAAAAGGCAGCACAACUCGUAGCCAGUCUCAUCAUGAAGGACGUGCUCGAAUUCAGCGACGCAUGCCAAUGGACCGACGUUGCUAGCGGCGAUGACAACAUCCCUUGGAUUAUAACCGUUCUUAAACUUCUCCUCGAGCAGGAAUCCGAAGACAAGCUAAUCCAGCGUUCGAAAGGCGUCAACCUUAUGCCGCACUUGGCAGCCAACGAACGCAACAAGGACGGCUUGGCGAACAUGUUGGACCGACACGGUCUCAACUGUCUCCAGCCGCUGAACAUCCGACUCGACAAACAGCUCGUGCAACACCUCCCGUCGGCCGACGCUCUUCGAAACUUCAUAGACACGAAGCUGGACGACGCGACCAAACAGAGCCCGGAAUUCGUUCUGGCUCUCGUGACGGCCGUCAUGAGGUUCGCUUACAAUGCAUCCCAGGAGAAAGAGGAAGAAGAAGCUGCCUUAGAACCAUUCAAAAACCUGCUACGCAAAUACUGCGCCAAACGGAACGGAAUGUGGGCGUUGUACGCUGUUCAAGAGCUUUGGGCUAAGACAGGCUACCCCAAUAACGUUCUUCUCCGCUGGUUUAUGUUCUUCUACAAGGAGGAUGUUGUCGAUGAGGUCGAAUUCUGCAGGUGGAAGGAAGACGUCAACGACCAAUUCGCCGGAAAAGGGAAAGGCCUUUUCGAGGUCAACAAAUGGCUGAACUGGCUGCAAGAAGCCGAUGAAGAGGAGGACGAAGCUGACGAGUAGUAGACGACGACGACGACGACGAUUCUAAUCGAGAACGACGGUUCAGACUCUGAGUUGAAAACACUAAAACACGCGUUCAGAGUUAGGUGAGGAGGUGAAGAGAGAAAGCGGAUAGAGAAAAUCCAAUGUUGAAGAAAUCGAUCAGUGACUGAGUUCCCUGAGAAGGUGAAGGAGUUCAACGAUUGGCACCCUGACGUGGGGAGGAUCGAUCGCCGAUUUUCAAGGUGGAGAAGCUCCGUGGACGAUUCGACUUCGUGGAGGAGGUACACUACCGAUACCAUGACGCGGAGGAGUUCAUAAAUCGUGAGAAAUGAGGUGAAGAUGACAUCGGCUCCAUUGCCAAAUGGAGGAAUUCCGCAGAGCCGAUACACAAGGCUUGGUGGGGUUCUCGUGCCGAUACUGCGAUGUGGAAAUGUUCGAGCCCACUGCAUGCGCAAGUUAUAAACAAGACGGAGCAGGAGCGAGAACAGAAAAAAAUUGCUAAAAUCGUCUUAGGAAAUAAUGCAACGGUUUUCGGUCGUAUUUCCCUGCGAACUGAAUACAGGUGGCAUAGCCCGUUUUCACCGCGAUUAUUAUAGCGAAGCGAAAGGAGCGACCUUGCGAGGAAACGAUCGGUUCGAUUUCGUCUGACUCGCAUCGAAGCUGGGCCGGGCGUUUACGUUGGUGGUGGUGGUGAAAGGUGCCCAGCGCGGGGAAACUUUGUCGGACCGAUCGGGAACUCUAGAUUUUCUCCCUUUCGAUUUAAACUUCGAAUCGAUUCACUCUGAAUUGAUGCAACCGUAGUGUCGAGGUGCUGAUUGCUGCUCGCCGGCAAUCGGCAGGAACAGGGAAACUUCUUAAAAAACCUUCAACAACAAAAAAGGAAACGGAAUUAUCACAACUUUGAAAACGAUUGUUAACAAAAUCAUCUGCAUUGAUGUCAGAGGACGCCGGCGAUCACGUCGUGGAGUGAAAAAAUUUGAAUUGGAGUAUCGAUAAUAAUAAAACAACUGAUUGAUUUUUGUCACUU